AUGGCCGAACACCACCAAGGCACCAUCGCGUCUUCUCCCGCUGCCAUUUCAACCAAUAAUUUAGACCAGUACUUCACCGAAUGGUUCCACGCGGCCGAUGCCGACAAGAACAAUCAAAUUUCCGGCAACGAAGCCGUUGCAUUCUUCACCAAAUUCGACGGUUUAGUGAAGAAAGAUCUCAUCGAGUUGUGGGAAAUCGCGGACGAAAAGAAGCGAGGAUUUCUCACCGCGCGAGAAUUCAUCGUCGCCUGCGGGGUGGUGUCGUUAAAACAAGCCGGGGUGAAAGAAAUUACAGCCGCGCACGCGCACUUGUUGAGGAACGGAGAGACGAGAGGGUUACCCACGCCGGUUUUGAAACGUGGGGAGCGUGUAGUGGUAGGGGACUCGAACGAAGAAGCGCCGGCGAGCCGCGCAGCGACAGAAACACAACACGAAGAAGAGAACAAGACGACGACGAGUAGUGGAAGACCGAUGUUGAGCGACGAUAUAUUUGCGGCGUACGAUCAACCGCCGGGUGUCCCGGUCGUCGCCGCGGGUGGAUUUGAUGGUUUCGGCGACGCGGGAGGAGGAGCGGACGGCGGGUUUAAUGCCGCUCCGGCGAGUUCGUUUAGUGCCGAUGCGUUCAAUAGUGCACCUUCUUCGUCAGUAACGGUGGGAGGGUUUGGCGCUCCCCCUCCUUCUGUAUCUUCUGAUUUCAAUAUUGGUUUCGAUUCCAAUUUUCAAACGUCGUCGCAAGCUUUCGCUUCUACCGCUCCGGUGCCUCCCCCAAGCGCGAUGCCUCCUCUGCCGCAAAAAUGGCCGGCGAUGGGACCAAGCGAUUACCAGAGGUAUCAAAUUCAGUUUUUGCAAAGCACGAAUAACGAUCCGACCGCGUCCAUUCCGGCGCAAGUGUGCGCGCCGAUGAUUGCGGCGUCCGGGUUGGAGAAGCACGUUUUGAAGCAAGUUUGGGAAAUUGCCGACGCGAGGAAGAUUGGCGCGUUGGCGUGGCCGGAGUUUGUAGUCGGAAUGUACUUAGCCGACGUCAUUAAGACCAGGGGUGUGCAAUGUCCAGAGAUGAUGCCGCCGAUGCCGUUCCCUCCGUUUGAUCAGAACGCGGCUGGUUUGUUGACAAACAUCGCGCCUUCGAUUUCGAUGGCUCCCGCCGCUGCUGCCGUCGCCGCUCCUCCUCCUCCUCCUCAACAACAACAACAACAGCAAAUGUUCGCUGGCAUUCAAGCACCUGUCGCGCAACAAGAUACGUUUAACUUCAUCCCUGGUUCGCAGCUUCGCGACGAGUUCAAUACCGUCUCGGCGACGGCGAGUACUACGUCUCAUCACACUCACGGCGACGCGACGUUCACCUUUCGUGGUCCGCAACUCGAUCUCUCUGCCGUUCCAGACGCCGAGCGACAGUUCGCGGAAGCGCAAUUAGACGCCGCAAAGCAAGCCGAUGAAAAUUUAUUCGCGCAAGAAACCAAAGAAUCCGAAAAUAAAAUGUCCGCCAAAGCCGCCCAAGAGGCUUUAGGUAAUUUAGCGUUGUUUCGAAGGAAGUGCGAGGCGAAUUUAGCCGAGGCGGAGAAUAAAGCCUCGGUCGCAGAAAGCGAAGCGAGAGAGUUAAAGAAGAAAGUCGAAGAGGCGAUGAAGAUGUGCGAGGAGUUGAUUCAGAAGAGUGAACAAGGCGGUGACGCUUCUAUCGCAAAACGAUUAGAGAAAGCGAGAGAGGAAAGAGACGCGUUGCGAGCGCAGUUGGAGGAGGAAAACGCGAAACUUCGAGAAUUGAGCGGGAAUAGCGCGACGAGUGCUUCGAACACGUCCGAGAUGGAACUUGAGAUUGAAAAUACGGAAAAAGAAGUUGCAAAAAUUAAAAGCGACAUCGCGUUAGCGCAAAAGCGAUUACAACUGGCGAGUGAACGCGCGGAUUUGACGACGCAACUGGCCAACGUUUCCCUGGCUGCGGAGGAGAAAGCGCGAGAACAACUUUCUCCUCAUCCUCAACCAUCAGCCAUGACGCCGAACGGUUCUUGGGGAGGCGUGCAAAUUCCUCCUUUACCACCGAUGCCAACGCCGACGCCACCGACGCCGGAGACCGCUAAAAUAGGCUUCGACAAAUGGAACGAAUGGGACGCGACUAAGACGCCGCCAGUCGGAGGGAAACCGCCGCAACAACAAAAGCAACCACAACUUCAAGAUGAUUUAUUCAGCCAUUCACCUCCAGUUAUUCCACCAGCUUCGGUGAGUGCAAAACCAACACAGCAGCAACAACAACAACAGCCAAAGCCGACGGACAGCUUUGAUUUCUCCGCGCCAACGCCGCGAGAUUUCGCCCCUCCCGCGGUCGCCGCCGCGUUGUACUCGCAAACCAGUUCCGGAGGCUUCUUCUCCGACGACGAGACGACGCCGAAUCAUUCGAGAAACCCGAGCGGUUUGGACGGGAUUAACUUUAGCCAUACUCACGCCGCGACCGGAGGAGUAAAUAAUGGCAUUCCACCAUCACCAGCUCUCUUCAAUCAUCAACAACAAACCGGCGGCGGCGUCGCCAAGACGCCGGAAAACUUUAUCGAUCCGUUCGCCGUGAGUGACGAAGGCGACGACGACGACGUCGAGGAUAGUUUCGACGAUCCUUUUGCAUAG